UUGAUUCUAACGUCAUUUUGGUUAUAACUCUUUUUUUCAAUUUCGCAACACAAUAACAGCAAAAUAAUACCGUUUUUAAUCGUAAAGAAUUCCGGCUUCCCACAUCGAGACGACCAUUUGUAAGUGUAGUCUUAGGACGAGAAAAAAUUCGCAUUUCACAACCGAUAACGACUACAGACUAGGACGAAACACACUUGCAAGCGAUAUUAGCAAUGAAUUUGAAAAAUUCCAAGUUUUUUAAGAGGAUUCAGGAGCUGCGUCAUUUCUCAAAGGAAAAGAUUCGAAAGGAUCGUGAGCAGCGAACGCGAGUCACCCGCGCCCUGGACAUGGCGCUUAGCGAGCAGCCGCAUCGAGAAAAUGACUGGUACUCCCCGGGGCACUCGCCGCCCAACUCCCUACCACUUUCCCAACCGGUGAUCAGCUCUCCGCGUCGCCGCCUCAAGAAAUUGCGAUGCUCAAAGAAGAAGGUCGCUGCUCGAAAAGGAAGCCAAUCACCGGACUACCGAGUCGCUGGUGGCCAGUGUUUGGCAGAUGGCAGCCCUUUGCCGGGACUAUUGUCGGCGUCAGAGGCUAAACUCCAGGGCUACAUCCAGCUGAACAACAAGUGCUACCGGGUUGAAUGUCCCACGAGCGCAGUUCCUACAGCCGGAGCAGCCCCGGACGACGAGCGUACUCCCAGCGAAACAAAGAGCACCAUUUGUGUCUCAAAUUCCCGCUAUGCCAUGAUCGGAAAGAUAUCCAAGACUCUCGGCUUCAAGCUGGUGAAGGAGUCCAAGCUGUGGAACAUUCUUUGGUCGGAUUCGUUUCCCGGCGUCGAACUAUUCAAAAAUAUGAAGCGCUUCCAACAGAUUAACCACUUUCCUGGCAUGAUCGAGAUUUGCCGAAAGGAUCUGCUAUCGCGAAAUCUAAAUCGGAUGUUGAAAUUGUAUCCGCAUGACUACAAGAUAUUUCCCAAGACCUGGAUGCUGCCGGCGGACUAUGGAGAUGCUUUGAAUUAUUCCUUAAAUCACAAGCGGACUUUCAUCCUAAAGCCGGAUUCAGGAGCCCAAGGACGGGGAAUUUGGUUAACCAAUGACCUGAAAACGAUAGGACCCCACGAGCGUCUUAUAUGCCAAACGUACAUUCAUAGGCCACUACUAAUCGAUGGUUACAAGUUUGACUUACGCGUGUAUACCCUUAUAACAUCAGUGGAUCCGUUACGCAUCUUCGUGUACAACGAGGGACUGGCUCGUUUUGCAACCAACAAGUAUGUGGAACCCACUCCGGGAAACUCCAACGACCUGUACAUGCACCUCACCAACUACUCGGUGAACAAGCGGAACUCGCACUACGAACUCUGCGACAACGAUGACUGUGGAAGCAAGAGAAAACUGAGUGCGAUCAACAACUGGAUGCGACGCCAUAACUACGACGUGGAGGAGUUUUGGAACAACGUGGACGAUGUGAUUAUUAAAACGGUACUAAGUGCUUGGUCGGUGUUGAAGCACAACUACCACGCCUGCUUCCCGGGACACGACAAAAUCCAGGCCUGCUUUGAAAUACUCGGCUUCGACAUUCUGGUGGACUGGAAGCUGAAGCCCUACAUUCUGGAGGUGAAUCACUCACCCAGUUUCCACACCAACGAACAGGUGGACCGAGAAGUAAAGCGUCCGCUCAUCCGGGACACAUUGAAUUUGGUCAGCACGGUGCUGGCGGAUAAGAAGCAGAUUAUGCGAGAGGAUCGGAAGAGGGUGAAGCAACGUCUGCUGAAGAUACGUGGGGAACCGGUAGUUCAAAAGCCACGUCUCAGUGCGGGCACAGCUUCGAAGGCAAAACUAAAUGCCAAGACAACCAACCCAGAAGCUGGUACCAAUCCCAAGAAGGCUGAAUCGGAGCCCGUCAUCACGGGUCCCCUGGCCCAGCAGAUCGCAUGGGAGGAGAGUCAUCUGGGGAACUUUAGACGGAUUAUGCCGCCACCCGACUCCACCAAGGAAGAGUACUAUACUCGAUUUUACGGCCAGACCAACCAGGUGUCCAUCUUCGCCGAGACGGCGGCCAGCAAGAAGCGGGAGGAUCUCGCUCGCAAGAUGCGUCUGCAGAUCGAGGAGAAGAAAGCCAAGCAGGAAAUGAUGCUGAAUGGUCGGCCCAAGCGGGAUCCCCGGAAGCGGCAGUCCGUUAUCCUGCCGCGGGCCGUGCGCGAAAAGAAUCGCAUUAAUCUCUUCCGGCUAAAGGAGAACUGGACGCCGGGCUUCAUAUCAGAGGCGGAGGAGCGGUUACGGCACACUUGGCUUCAGAUGCGCACCGAAGCAAUCAAAACACUGAAGAUCACCGAGAAUGUAUAUUUCACUCUGUACGAGUCCGGACACCUGACCAACACAGACAUGGUUGUGUAUCCCCAUUUAUACCACAAUCUGCAGCAUGGUUUCGACAUCCGAGAAAAUCCCUGAGUGAACGCAGCCUCCAAAAUCCCAGUGUCUUAGUCCGCUUCAUCCAUUCGCCUUCUAAUUAAACCUUUGACUAUUAAACCUUC